CCGUAAAGGAGGCAGCUGCGGCCCAUCCGUGUGGUUUGGAAGUUUGUUCCGGUUACGCAGACGUACCAUCGAGAAGGAAGUGACUUCUUUUUUUUCUUCCGCUGAUUAUGGCUUUGACACACAUGACAGCAGUAUGCUCUGGCUGGUCUUUUUUUUAAUUUUUUUAAUGUAAUUGUUUUAUAUUUAUAUUUAGUGUAAACACAAUGAUGGUCUCGAGACAAAAACACCAGAAUGUGGCCACCGUCAUGUGUUUCCAGGGGAUCGCAUAGGAGACGGACUUGUAAACUUGAGUCGGUGCGCUGCCAAGCACCGAGCUAACCCGGCGGCGCUUGCGUCUCUCUUUGCUCGACGCGGAAACUUGCAGGCAUGAGGUUCAGGAAACGUGACAGGAGUCCGGUUCACAGACUCUGCUUGCUGCCGUUUUCCAAACCUAGUUUUCACACAUAUUACACGUUAACUCACCCUGUCACCUCGUCAGAGCAGUCUUUAGUGACGAUAUGAAAUUACUCUUCCUUGCUUGUCUCAGCCCCAAAACUGGAAACCACACUACAGCUGAGAGAAUAAGGUCCCACAUUGAAUCAGCAGGACACACCUGUGAGCUCAGAGAUGCAGCAGCAUUUCAGUCUCCUGCUGAGGUGGCAAAUCUAAUAUCUCGACAUCCUCCAUUUGAGGGUGCACUGGCCAUCCAUCUGCACAGAGCAGGCAGCCUUCUCUUAGACAUCCACGUACCCUUUGGCGUUAUCUUUGGCGGAACAGAUAUAAAUGAAGAUGUGAAAGUUGAGCAGAAGCGUGUGGUUAUGGAGCAGGUGCUACUGAAAGCCAGGUUCGCGGUUGCAUUUACGGACAAACUGAAAGAAGAGGCAGAGUUAUUUUUGCUAUCCCAGAGCAGUAAAAUCUAUGUCCAGCCCCAAGGCAUCCAGACGGAAGUGAGUGAGAAAUUCCACUGGGCUGAAUUCUUGAGGAGCUCAGGUGUGAGCAGUGAGCCUGUGGAUGAGCUGCAUGUCUUCCUGUUGGUCUGUGGUCUCAGAAGAGUCAAGGACCCCCUCUAUCUGGUGGAGAUGUUUUCAGAGUGGCAUCGUGAGAACCCGCUGAAUGUGUUGGUCGUGAUUGGGCCACGGUUAUUUAGUAUUUGUUCUUUCUUUCAAACAGUGAUGUCAGGCAAAAGAUUGAUCCUGUGUUUACCGUUGAAGUGGAAGCUGUUGUUAAAAACAGGGGUCUUCUUGGCCCAGGAGAGGAGCCAACGGGAGCUUCAUGCUGCCAUGAAAAGGUGCUUCACCGUGGUUAACAGCUCCGUCUCAGAGGGCAUGUCAGCGGCCAUCUUGGAGGCCAUGGAUCUCGGGGUACCUGUGUUGGCCAGGGACAUCCCAGGAAAUGCAGCCAUAGUGCACCAUGAGUUCACUGGCCUGCUCUACUCGUCUCCUCAGGAAUUUGUGCAUCAAUCUCAGAGGCUGUUGUCAGAUCAUGAUCUGAGAGACAGACUGGUGAGGAAUGGGAAGCGCUACGUGGAAGAGCAUCACUGCCUGAAACGGGAGAGAGAAACCUACCAGCGGCUGGUGGACACUCUGCGCUGCGCGUAAGGUCACAGCCUUCAACCCCACUCUGCAUACUUUCUCAGGAACUGCAACGACAGAGAGCAGGCCAUUACACCAGCUUAUGUAUAGGUUAAAUUAUCAUCGAUGUCUUUUUUUCCCAGUCUUAUAAGAAAUCAAGCUACAAAGACACUGUACAAAAUAAAUCAUAUUGUAUCUGCUCUGCCAGAUUGAAAUUAUGCUGCAGGGCACUUUGAACCAAAGACCCAGAGUAGAAACGGUUGUCUUGUUAAUAUAUUUGAUGUAUUUGAAAGUGAUGAUGUAAUGUUAUUUAUGGUUUGGUAUGAAUAUAAAAAGACAUUGGUUCUCUGUUUAUGCAUUCUACUUAAUAAAAGAGCUCCACAGGUUGUUUUUGUGUAGUUGUUGAUCUAAAGAUGUAUUUUCAUUCCCUCUAUUGAGACAAAGUAUCUGAUUACUUAACAACAUUCGAUGUGCCAUUCAAUUUCGAGUUCUCCUCAAACGCUAAAACUGUUCCAGUCUGUAUGCUACCGAAUUAUUUUUUAAUAAGCAAAAACAAUAAAGUUGGUUUAAAGGGCCACAAA